AUGUCUCAAUCGUAUGUCGUCCCUCCUGCGACCGCGUGUCUUUGUCGCCUGUAUCGCGUUCAGGAGAUCAAAGCAAGAUCUGAGCUGGUGUCAAGAUGGGCUGCUCUGUACGGGCGUGUAGAUUGCUGCUAUCGUGCCGUCAGACGCUCAGGAGGCAGCGUUCUGUCCAGUGCCAAGCUUUGUUCUGCUUCAUCGAUGGGUCACCCUCAGUCCUUUCCUGAUGAUCUCGAGUGCAUUUGGCCGCAUCGUGGCGAGGGCUGGACUAGUACGCUUGCGUGCGAAUCGGCUCUUGAGGCAUGACGAAAAAACUCGCUACCUAAAUCUUACCACUGAACUGUCCUUUGUCUCGCUUCGUGUUCAGCGCGCUCAUCUGCUAGAGAUUCACAGGUCCAGACGGGCUUGCAAAGAGGUCACAACAAGCAAGAGUGUGUACAGAUGC